UGUAACGAGCCUGGAGAUUGUGUUCAGCUCUGCAAAACUACAAAGAGAGAGGCUUCCUGGAUCACACAGGAUUGUUAUUGUGGCAAAAGACCCUGCAGAUUCGAUGAGAACAAAGUUCUUUCUCCUAAAAAAGCUCCAAUUAAGACACCUACCAUCUUUGGCUUUUGUUACCAAAUCCAGAAAUGCCACAUCCUUCGUAUGUGCCUCACGGCCAAAAAAAUUAGCUGCCCCCUUCAACAAAUCUGAUUCAAUGCUACACUGGCUGAACAUAUCUGAGGAUAUUGCUGGCUGUGCAGGCAUGCAGUGUUCUUUUUCACAAUAUGUGGGAUUAGCUGGAAUUGAAGCGUUAACCUCUUCUGUACCAGAGACAUUGCACAAUCGCAGCGGGGGUAUAUCCCAGGCUAACUUUCUGGUCCUGAGGACCGAGCUCUACUGAAACGCUCUUGGAAUUAUUGGAUCUUAUUUUACCUCAUUGUUUUUUUCCUUCAGAUUUUUUUUUUUUAAAGUACAUUUUUGUGUUUUUAAUCUAGUGGGAAAUGCUGCUCCACGGUGAGACGUCUCUUCCUUUCCACUUAUGGACUCUCUUAUUUUUGGGAUUUUCCUGGAUGCUGCCUGGGAAUGGAUCCCUUAAACCGUACAGGACUUUUACUGUGGCCGACUGGAGCCUGACUCACUUGGUGGUACACAAAAAAACUGGCGAUGUAUAUUUGGGCGCUGUGAACCGAAUUUACAAACUCUCUCAUAACUUGACUCUUUUGCGUACCCAUGUCACGGGACCAGUGGAAGACAAUGAAAAAUGUUACCCUCCUCCUAGUGUCCAGUCCUGCCCCCAUGGUCUUGUCUCAACCAAUAAUGUUAACAAGCUUCUCCUUGUUGAUUACUCCGGCAAUCGCCUGAUAGCUUGUGGGAGUGCUUCCCAGGGUAUCUGCCAGUUCCUGCGUCUCGAUGACCUCUUCAAGUUGGGCGAGCCUCAUCAUCGCAAGGAACACUACCUCUCUAGUGUCAACGAGUCAGGGACCAUGUCUGGAGUCAUCAUUGAGGUACCAAGUGGCCAAAACAAACUUUUUGUAGGCACCCCCAUUGAUGGGAAAUCUGAGUACUUCCCCACACUCUCCAGCCGCAAAUUGUUGACAAAUGAAGAGCAUGCGGAGAUGUUUGGUUUUGUUUACCAGGAUGAAUUUGUAUCUUCACAGCUUAAGAUUCCCUCAGACACACUGUCUAAAUUUCCAACCUUUGAUAUUUACUAUGUGUACAGCUUCAGCAGUGAACAGUUUGUUUAUUAUUUGACGCUACAAUUGGACACCCAAUUAACCUCUCCAGACUCCACUGGAGAACAGUUCUUCACUUCCAAAAUUGUUCGACUUUGCGUAGAUGACCCCAAGUUUUAUUCUUAUGUGGAAUUCCCUAUUGGCUGCAUGAAGGAUGGUGUGGAGUAUCGUCUCAUACAGGAUGCCUACCUGAGCAAACCUGGAAAACGAUUGGCCUUAGAGUUGGGCAUAUCUGAGCAAGAAGACAUUCUUUUUACCAUCUUUUCUCAGGGACAAAAGAACAGGGUGAAACCACCGAAACAAUCUGUCCUAUGCCUGUUCACCCUGAAUAAAAUCAAGGACAAAAUUAAGGAACGCAUUCAGUCUUGUUACAGAGGGGAAGGAAAGCUUUCUUUGCCCUGGCUUCUAAACAAGGAACUCGUGUGUAUUAACUCGCCUCUGCAGAUUGAUGACAAUUUCUGUGGUCAGGAUUUUAACCAACCUCUUGGUGGAACGGUCACCAUAGAAGGAACACCCUUGUUUGUGGACAAAGAGGACGGCAUGACAUCGGUGGCUGCCUAUGAUUACCGUGGGCACACAGUGGUGUUUGCUGGGACACGCAGUGGCAGGAUGAAGAAGAUUCUGGUGAACCUUUCAGGCCCCUCCUCCCACACGACCCAGCAAUACGAGAAUGUAGUGGUACACGAAGGAAGUGCGAUUCUUCGCGACCUGGUGCUGAGCCCAGAUCAGCAGUUUAUCUACGCCAUGACUGAGAAACAGGUCACCCGUGUGCCAGUGGAGAGCUGUGAGCAGUACCAGACCUGUGAGACCUGUCUGGGUUCCAAGGACCCCCACUGUGGCUGGUGUGUGCUCCACAACACCUGUUCACGGAAGGAUAAAUGUGAGCGAGCAGAGGAGCUUCAUAGGUUCACUACUGACCAGCGCCAAUGUGUCCAGCUCACUGUUCAUCCCAAAAACAUCUCCGUCACUAUGUCUGAGGUCCCGAUGGUUUUACAAGCCUGGAAUGUCCCUGACCUCUCUGCAGGGGUGAACUGCUCCUUUGAGGAAUUCACUGACAUGGAAGGACACAUAGAGGAUGGGCGAAUAUUCUGCAACUCCCCCUCUGCUAAGGAUGUGAUUCCCAUUACACGAGGUCGAGGUGACAAGAGAGUGGUCAAACUCUACCUGAAGUCCAAAGAAACCGGCAAGAAAUUUGCAAGCGUGGAUUUUGUUUUCUACAACUGCAGUGUUCACCAGUCAUGCCUUUCCUGUGUAAAUGGAUCUUUUCCCUGUCACUGGUGCAAAUACCGGCACGUAUGCACAGACAACUCUGCCGACUGCUCAUUCCUGGAGGGCAGAGUGAAUAUGUCUGAGGACUGUCCACAGAUUUUGCCCUCUACACAGAUCUACAUUCCAGUGGGUGUGGUAAAGCCCAUUACACUGACGGCCAAGAAUCUUCCCCAGCCCCAGUCUGGACAACGCAACUAUGAAUGUAUCUUCCACAUCCCAGGUAGUGUGACUCGUGUCACUGCCCUGCGCUUCAACAGUACCAGCAUCCAGUGCCAGAACACAUCGUACAACUAUGAAGGGAAUGACAUCAGCGACCUACCGGUGAAUCUUUCUGUUGUCUGGAACGGACACUUUGUUAUUGAUAACCCCCAAAAUAUUCAAGCCCAUCUGUACAAGUGCUCAGCUCUGCGAGAGAGUUGCGGGUUGUGCCUGAAAUCAGAUCCUCACUUCGAGUGUGGUUGGUGUGUGAGUGAGAGGAAGUGCACUCUGCGACAGAACUGCGCUGUGUACGACAGCUCCUGGAUGCACGCCAGCACUGCCAACAGCCGCUGCACUGACCCCAGGAUUACCAAGCUUUUUCCAGAAACUGGUCCCAAGCAAGGUGGUACCCUACUGACCAUCACGGGCGAGAAUCUGGGAUUAAGGUUUGACGAUAUCCGCUUUGGGGUGAGAGUAGGAAGAGUCAUGUGUGUCCCUCUGGAGAGUGAAUACAUCAGUGCUGAGCAGAUUGUGUGCGAGAUUGGCAAUGCCAGCAGGACAACAAACCUCGAGGUGUCAGUUGAGGUUUGCAUAAGAGACUGCUCCCAGGACUACAGGACUCUCUCUCCAAAGACGUUUACGUUUGUGACCCCAGUGUUUAAUCGUGUGACGCCAGCUCGCGGCCCUUUGUCAGGUGGUACCUGGAUAUCCAUUGAGGGUUACAACUUAAAUGCAGGCAGUGAUGUGUCUGUAGACAUUGGCGGCCGUCCUUGUGUCUUUGCAGGGCGAAGUGCCCGAGAGAUUCGUUGUAAAACCCCCCAGGGGCAGAAUCCUGGCAGGGCAGAAAUUCAAAUUCACAUCAACCGGGCAACGCUUCUAAAUCAGGAAGUCAAGUACAACUAUACUGAGGACCCUACGGUGUCAAAGAUCGAGCCAGAGUGGAGCAUAGCCAGUGGUGGGACCCCUUUAACGGUAACUGGGAUGAACCUGGCAACCAUAAAAGAACCCAGAAUACGUGCUAAAUAUGGGGACACAGAGCGCGAGAACAACUGCACCGUUCACAAUGACACCACCAUGGUCUGUUUGGCACCUUCCAUUGAGAACCCCUUCAGGAACCCACCAGAGAAUGGAGACCGACCAGAUGAGAUUGGUUUCAUCAUGGACAACGUCCAAGCCCUGCUCAUUGUCAAUAUAACCAGCUUUACUUACUACCCAGAUCCUGUGUUUGAGCCUCUGAGCCUUACUGGAAACCUUGAGCUAAAACCCAGCUCUCCCCUCAUCAUUAAGGGUCGCAAUCUUGUCCCGGCUGCGCCUGGGAACUUCAGGCUUAAUUAUACAGUGUUAAUUGGUGACACUCCAUGUGCACUUACAGUAUCUGAGACCCAGCUUCUCUGCGAGUCCCCAAAUCUCACUGGACAACAUAAAGUCACCAUCAAAGCCGGUGGGUUUGAGUUCUCCCCAGGUACCCUGCAGAUUUACUCCGACAGCCUCUUGACACUUCCCGCCAUUGUCGGCAUUGGAGGAGGGGGUGGUCUGCUCUUACUUAUCAUCAUAAUUGUCCUCAUUGCAUACAAGCGCAAGUCACGAGACGCAGACCGUACUCUGAAACGCCUGCAGCUGCAGAUGGAUAACCUGGAAUCCCGUGUAGCCUUAGAAUGUAAAGAGGCGUUUGCCGAGCUGCAGACAGACAUCCAUGAGUUGACCAAUGACUUGGAUGGUGCCGGCAUCCCGUUCUUGGACUAUCGGACGUACGCCAUGAGAGUGCUGUUCCCCGGAAUAGAAGACCACCCUGUACUAAAGGAAAUGGAGGUUCAAGCUAAUGUAGAGAAGUCCCUGAAUCUCUUUGGUCAGCUCCUCAACAAAAAACACUUCCUGUUGACAUUUAUCCGCACCCUGGAAGCCCAGCGCAGCUUCUCCAUGCGAGACAGAGGAAACGUAGCUUCCCUCAUCAUGACUGCUCUGCAGGGCGAGAUGGAAUAUGCUACAGGGGUCUUGAAGCAGCUUCUCUCUGACUUGAUCGAGAAGAAUCUAGAAAGCAAAAAUCAUCCCAAGUUGCUACUGAGGAGGACGGAAUCUGUGGCUGAGAAGAUGCUGACAAAUUGGUUUACCUUCCUCCUGUACAAAUUUCUUAAGGAAUGUGCCGGGGAGCCCUUGUUUAUGCUGUACUGUGCCAUAAAGCAGCAGAUGGAGAAAGGACCCAUAGAUGCCAUCACAGGAGAAGCACGUUAUUCUCUGAGCGAGGAUAAGCUGAUUCGCCAGCAGAUAGACUACAAGACACUGACUUUGAAUUGUGUGAAUCCAGAGAAUGAAAAUGCCCCUGAAAUUCCAGUGAAGGUUUUGAACUGUGACACAAUAACCCAAGUGAAGGAGAAGCUUCUGGAUGCUGUGUAUAAGGGGGUUCCUUAUUCCCAGAGACCUAAAGCUGGAGAUAUGGACCUUGAGUGGCGCCAGGGAAGGAUGGCCAGAAUUAUCCUUCAGGAUGAGGAUGUAACCACCAAAAUAGACAAUGACUGGAAACGCCUCAACACUCUGGCGCAUUACCAAGUACGUGGGGUGAUGGACGGUUCUUCAGUGGCGCUGGUACCAAAACAGAACUCAGCCUACAAUAUCUCAAACUCAUCAACGUUUACAAAGUCUCUUAGUAGAUAUGAGAGUAUGUUACGAACAGCUUCCAGCCCUGAUAGCCUACGUUCCCGCACUCCAAUGAUCACUCCUGACCUAGAAAGUGGGACUAAACUCUGGCACCUGGUGAAGAACCAUGACCAUCUGGAUCAACGGGAAGGUGACCGGGGGAGCAAGAUGGUGUCUGAGAUCUAUCUGACUCGCCUCUUAGCCACCAAGGGAACCCUGCAAAAGUUUGUGGACGAUUUGUUUGAGACUAUCUUCAGCACGGCGCACCGUGGCAGCGCUCUGCCUCUUGCCAUAAAGUAUAUGUUUGACUUCCUUGAUGAGCAAGCGGACAAGCAUCAAAUCACAGAUUAUGAUGUCCGACAUACGUGGAAGAGUAAUUGUUUACCACUGCGGUUUUGGGUGAAUGUCAUCAAGAACCCACAGUUUGUGUUUGACAUUCAUAAAAACAGCAUCACGGACGCCUGCCUCUCUGUUGUAGCCCAAACAUUUAUGGAUUCUUGUUCUACGUCAGAGCAUAAGUUGGGUAAAGACUCUCCUAGUAACAAAUUGCUGUAUGCCAAGGACAUUCCCAACUACAAAAGCUGGGUAGAGAGGUACUACUCCGACAUUGCCAAAAUGCCAGUAAUCAGCGACCAAGACAUGAGCGCAUAUCUGGCUGAGCAGUCACGGUUACACCUGAGCCAGUUUAACAGCAUGAGUGCGCUGCACGAAAUCUAUUCAUAUAUCACCAAGUACAGAGACGAGAUCUUAACUGCGCUGGAAAAGGAUGAACAAGCAAGAAGGCAGAGGCUACGAAGUAAACUGGAACAGGUCAUUGACACGAUGACACUAAGCAGUUGAAGUCCAAGGGGCCCCUUGCUGGUUAAUCACCUGGUAGUGGCUACAGAGAGAGAAGGAUCUGUGGGAGGCCACAUCCAGCGAACGCAAGUGACUUCACAAACCGCUUGCUGCAUCACUAGCUUGGAACUUGAGAGAAUGAACAAAAAUUGUACAUAUAUAUAUAAAUAUAUAUAUAUAUAAAUAUAAAUAUAAAGACAUUAGAAAACAUUUCAAAGAAUGACUUAGAAACCUUUAUAAAAUAAACCGUUUUAAAGAUCUAUUAAAUUUCAAUACAAAUUAAAAUAUAGAUUUAAGACUUUGGGAGCUGCUGUACGUUUCAGGAAAAGACGACGUUCCUGGUUUUGUGAUAAUCUUGGAUCACAUGAUGGAUGAUGUAAUCCCAAAGGAAUAUCUGUUCCUUUUCUCAUCAACCACCUCUCUACCCCAGUGACCCUCUUUCCCAAAACAGCCUCUUUAGGCGUUUGCCACUAGUGUUACUGCUACAUUUGCACAAUUUAAUGAAAGUUCUGGUGUUUUUAAAGAAAUGAAAAAAAAGGAAAAAAAAAAAUAGUUGACAAAUAUCAGAAAAUAAGGAAAAAAGUGUUUGUGUUUCUGAACAAAAGAAGGACUAAACAAAAGCACCCUACAGAUUCCCACACGGGGGAAGACAAGCUAUUCCAGAAGCAUUGAUAUUUUUAUAGACUUUGUUCUGUGCCAUGUUUAAUUUGAAUGUUGUUUAGUGAAUUAAAAUGAAAAAAGAAGAAACUCUAUACGCAAGAAAUGGGUAGGAAGCGAGCUGAGAAAUCUACUGGAGCCGCCGGACAUAGACACUCCCGGACAAUGAAACAGGAACGUGUGAGAACAAAAUACAUUUCAAGUUUUUAAUCAAACCCCCUGUAUUUUAUUUCGGAAUGACUUGUGUGAUUUUGUUUUAGCAUUAUUGUUUGAUAUAUUUAACAGAUCAAUACUGGGGAAGCUCCCCGUUUGUUUCUUUUAAACAUGUACAUAUAGUUUGGGAUGGGAUAUAUUAUCUCAUAAUGCUUUGUUGUAACUGGUUCCAACAGGUUUCCAUUUUUUCAUGUCCAUGAUUUUCCUGUAGGGUGGUCAGAAGUAAUAUUCUCUGGGAUCAGAUAAAUUGGUCUGGUCUUCUCUAAGCUCGUUAAUUUAUUAAAAAAACACAGGGUCUUGUGGGGGGAGGGUAGUUGUAUGUAUUUAAUUUUUCAUUAAAAAAAAGUAAAGAUUUUUCCAUGGAUUUGUUCAAUGAGCCAGAGUUGCAGGGCUUCUAGUCCUGUUGUUUUUUUGUUUGGUUUUUUUAUGCCUUCACUUUUUCCUCCAUACUCUGUUUUAUCCUAACGGACUUUGUAUCAUUAAGUAUUUCUGAAGGUCUUUUUGGGACACUUAAUUUAUUCAUGAUCUUGCAGAAAAUCUAAUUGUGUAAUCUAGCCAGUUUAUCCUGGAACCCACUGGCCUUCAUCAUCAUAGGUGGCAUCUCUGUGGAUUUGGACAGCAAGUCAGUGCAUGACAGUGAAAUGAGAUCGUACCAGUUGCUUCUGAUUCAAAUGUGAAUAAUAAAAUUUGAUACAUUCCA